AUGGCCACAGAUGAUACUGCCUGGGAAGCGGUGCGCUCUGGUGUGGAGUAUGAUCCUCUUGCGCAACCGAGCGCAGAUCUCGAUCAGUCUGAGGAAACGUCGGAAGUGUUGAGCGAAGCCGCCGAGUGUAUUGAUGAGAAUGAAGAAGAUCAGGAUGAUGGAGGCGAAUAUGAUCCCGAAUCUGUCGGCCUGGAUAGGGCUUCGCACAUACCCGACAAGUCUGCCUCCGGAACACCGUCGCAAAGGUCGGCCAACAAACCUAAGAUGUCAGGGGGUUUCUUGGUCGAGGCAUCGGAUGAUGAAGAGGAAGAUAAUGAGAGUCCUCUACCUGGAGGACGAAAAUCGGCCACUGCUAAUGUCAACCAAACCAGCAAUGAAGCCACGCUCAUCCGCAGCGCUGACACGCUUCCUCAUGUACCUCUUGGGCUGGCUGGAGUGAAUCCUGCCAAUCUUUUGGAGGCACGCAUCCGGGAGGAUCCGCGUGGAGAUAUGGAUGCGUGGAUCAACCUCAUGGCCGACCAUAAGCGUCGAGGCAGGCUUGAUCAGCUUCGCCUACUAUACAACCGUUUCCUUGACGUGUUUCCCCAAGCGGCUGAUAUUUGGGUCGAGUGGAUUGAAAUGGAACUGAAUCUUGAUAAUUUUGUCGACGCUGAACAGCUCUUUGGUAGAUGCCUGAUGUCCGUACCCAACGUCAAACUUUGGACAGUAUAUCUUAACUACAUUCGACGCCGGAAUGAUUUGACAAAUGACGCGACCGGCCAGGCCCGACGUACCGUCACCCAAUCGUACGAGUUUGUCAUUGAUAACAUUGGAGUUGAUCGCGAUUCGGGCAGUAUUUGGCAAGACUAUGUUCAGUUUAUCAAGAACGGCCCAGGUCAGGUUGGUGGCACAGGAUGGCAGGAUCAACAAAAGAUGGAUCAACUCCGCAAAGCCUAUCACCGUGCCAUUACAGUCCCUAUGUCAACCGUCAAUACUCUUUGGAAGGAGUAUGAUCAAUUUGAGAUGGGCUUGAACAAGAUUACUGGUCGUAAGUUCAUUCAAGAAAGAUCACCGGGAUACAUGUCGGCCAAGAGUGCCAAUAUUGCUCUGGAUAAUAUUACACGAAACCUGAAGAGAGAAAAUCUUCCAAGGCUACCUCCCGCUCAAGGCUUUGAUGGCCAUGAAGAAUUUCAUGCUCAAGUUGAAUUGUGGAAGAAGUGGAUUUCUUGGGAAUUGGAAGACCCCUUGGUACUCAAGGAUGACGAGCCGAAGGUGUACAAGCAGCGAAUUCUCUAUUGCUACAAACAAGCCCUCAUGGCGCUACGCUUUUGGCCUGAACUCUGGGUGAAUGCAGCUGCUUGGUGCUUUGAAGCCGAUAUUCGAGAAAACGACAAGGUUAUUGGAACUGAAAUGCUGCUUCAAGGCAUCAGCGCCAACCCGGAAAGCGUUUUGCUUGCUUUCAAGCACGCUGAUCAUGUCGAAGCAAGCUAUCCUGAGAAGGAAGGGGACAAGUUCGAGUAUGCCAAGGCGGUGCGGAAGCCUUACGACGCUGUUUUGGACACCCUCUACAAAAUGGGUGAUAAAGUCAAAGAACGGGAGAAACUCGAGGUCAACACGUUCAAGCAAGCUGCAGCCAAUGAAAGCGCAGUGCAAGAAUCAAUAGAGGCCAACGACGACGACGACGACGAUGAUGAUGAGGAUGGGGAUGAGAAGAAGGUCAGAAAGUCUCCCACAGAAGAGAGAAUUUUUGCCAUCCAACAGGCGUAUGCUGCUGAGUCACAGCUGCUCUCAAAGACAAUUUCUUAUGUAUGGAUCGCCAUGGCUCGCGCUAUGCGACGUAUUCAAGGGAAGGGCAAUCAAACCGAGGGUGGGUUGCGCAAGGUUUUCACCGACGCUCGACAAAAGGGCCGUUUAACGAGCGACGUCUACGUCGCUGUUGCCUUGUUAGAAUCGGUUGUUUAUAAAGACCCCGUCGGGGCCAAAAUCUUUGAGCGCGGUGCGCGACUUUUUCCGAAUGAUGCUGGCUUCAUGAUAGAAUACUUGAAGUACCUCCACUCCAAGGAUGACACCACAAAUGCCCGAGUUGUAUUUGAGACAUGCGUGAACCGCUUGGUAUCCAAGCCGGAAACUCUGCAAAAGGCCAAACAACUCUACGCUUACUUCCACAAGUAUGAAUCGCAGUACGGGGAGCUUUCGCAGAUCUCGAAGCUAGAAGCUCGCAUGGCGGAAUUGUUUCCAGAGGACCCCAAGCUCAGCUAUUUCACCUCCCGAUACUCGUCCGAAACUUUUGAUCCGGUAGCGGCGCCAAUCAUUAUAUCCAAGGCUGUGCAGAUGCGGCCGAAGCAGCUCAACGCAGUGAUUGAACAACCCAUCUUAAUAAGGGAAAGCAUCCCGCCGCCCAGGCAGGAACACCAGAGCCCACGACCGCAAUACAUGCGGGCCACGGCGUCGCCCAAACGCCCUUUCGGCAUCGAAGACGAGGAUCCCAAUCCACCAAAGAGGAUUGCCAGGGGCGUCUCCCCCUUGAAAGGAGCAGCCGGACGGCGCCUCGACCAACAGCGCCGUAAUCAAACAUCGGCUCUGCCUCGAGACAUUACUUUUCUCGUGGGUAUCUUACCACCAGCACACACGUACGACGCAACGCGCCUCAACCCGUCCCUCAUGGUGUCACUGCUUCACGACACCCAGCUACCGGACUAUGCUUCUUGGAAAGCCAAAACGGGCGGUCAAUACCGCAUCCCCUCUGGAACCCACGGUAGGCAGGCCUCUGGGGACUUCGGCAACCGGCCGAUCAGUCCGUACGGUCGCUUGGCUGCAGCAUCGGCAGGCUACAGGAACUCGCCCCUGAGGCCAGAGAGCAGCAAUGCGUUUGCUGCAAAUAUUUACGCCCCGCCGCCAGAUGCAAGUGGUGCCACGGCUCCAUGGCAGCCACCUCCUGCUGGCGUCUACGGAAUACCACCGCCCGCAGGUCAAUAUGGGGGUUAUCGAUACUAA